GCUUUAAGCUUUGAAGCUUUACUGCAUAUUUUCUGAAGAUCUAAGAUUUUCUUCUUUAAAGUUAUAUGUUUUCACGCUAUCCCCGCAUGAUGAGCUGGAAUUCUUUAUAAAGCGGCACUUGAAAUUGUUUACUGAAGAGGACUCACCUGGUACGUUGCUAUUUCUAUACAGCGCCGUAUUGACGCGUUCGAUGAGCAAAAUCCGCAACGAUCUUGAUUCAACAAGCAAAUCAGCGCCAUUGACAAUGACGAACAAUGAGGAGGGCUCCCUGAUGAUUGUAACCUUACUUUUGACUGGACGUGCCACGCCUUAUCUGCAUAAUGGUGUUGUAAAUGUAGGCGACGAGAAUACCUAUGCUAUACCACAAUAUGGAAUACUGAGUCGAUGUACAAUCGGUUUUUUACUCUGGGACAAUGAUAAUUCACAGCCCUCCGUGGCGGCCUCCCGACAACCAGGUUCGCGCCUCAAAACACCCAACUACCCGAUUUGGAUUACCAGCUGUUGUGGUCACUUUGGUGUGCUUUUCAAUCGGAAUCCGGAACUUUUACGAAAUUAUCAUGCCGAGUCGCGGUUCGAUUUGAAUUAUUACAGCUGCUCUGGCCACAACAUUUUCAUGGCUAUCGAUAAUCGCGUGUACAAUGAGCAAGCCAUUGGCAUGUUGGAGCGGCAGGCGACCACAGAAAGUGCAGCAGCAGAGAGUGGUAGUACUGCAGCUGGCGGUGGAGGUGGUGGUGGCGGCGGUGUUGGUAGUGGUAAGAGCACUGCGAGUGGCGGUGACAGUGCCGAUUUGCUGGCACGUGAAGAAUUGACAACGAAUACGCCGUUACAACGUUUAAUUCACACCAAAUGGGAGGAGGCGCACAUACGUUUCAAUGUGCAGCCAUCCAUGCUGAGUUAUCUGUUUUGCACAACACCAUAAAAAGGAUGCGUGUGGUGUGUGAGUGUGUAUGUGUUUGCCGGAGCUUUGUAAGGCUGCGUAUGAACACACGUGCCGGUUUGUAAAGUUCGUGAAAAAUGUUACAGUUAUGUCGAUUUCAUAAAUCGUUUGGAAUGCAGUGAAGUGUGCGACAGUGCAGCUGUGCUUUUCAGCUUGUUUUUUUCCACCGCGCUUAAAUCACAGUUGUGUGUCACAAAAAUACCCACGACUCUCUUUCUUCCGCUACUGACAGCUUUAAA